GAUUUGUCUUCCGAUCGCGUCAGUAACUGUUCGUUCAGUCAGUGUGGUGUGUUUUCUCUCCUCGUUUAUUUAAUAGAAAUACCGCCACGCGAGAGUCCAACACCGAAAAUUCAUCAUGGGGAUCAAGUUUCUAGAAGUGAUAAAACCGUUUUGCAGCAUAUUGCCGGAAAUUGGAAAGCCCCAAAGAAAGAUCCAGUUUCGAGAAAAAGUACUAUGGACUGCCAUCACGCUCUUUAUUUUCCUGGUUUGUUGCCAGAUUCCUCUUUUUGGAAUAAUGUCAUCAGACAGUGCAGAUCCCUUCUACUGGAUUCGUGUAAUCCUCGCCUCGAACAGAGGAACGUUGAUGGAAUUGGGAAUUUCCCCAAUUGUCACGUCCGGACUGAUUAUGCAGCUAUUGGCUGGUGCAAAAAUUAUAGAAGUCGGUGAUACUGCCAAGGAUCGUGCUCUUUUCAAUGGAGCACAAAAAUUAUUUGGAAUGGUGAUCACGGUCGGUCAAGCGAUUGUUUACGUGAUGACUGGAAUGUAUGGAGACCCGGCAGAAAUUGGAGCCGGUGUUUGUCUCCUGAUCAUCAUUCAGCUCUUCGUUGCCGGAUUAAUUGUCCUCUUGCUCGACGAAUUGCUGCAAAAGGGAUACGGACUUGGAAGUGGAAUUUCACUCUUUAUCGCCACCAACAUUUGCGAAACGAUCGUCUGGAAGGCAUUCUCUCCGGCUACAGUCAACACUGGACGAGGAACUGAAUUUGAAGGCGCAGUAAUUGCACUUUUCCACCUUCUGGCCACAAGACAGGACAAAGUGCGCGCUCUUCGCGAAGCUUUUUACCGACAAAAUCUUCCCAAUUUGAUGAAUCUUCUCGCCACGAUUCUCGUAUUUGCUAUAGUAAUUUACUUCCAGGGCUUCCGUGUAGAUCUGCCAAUCAAGUCGGCAAGAUACAGAGGACAGCAGAGCAGUUAUCCGAUAAAACUGUUCUACACGAGCAAUAUUCCAAUUAUUCUCCAAUCGGCUUUGGUUUCGAAUUUAUACGUAAUCUCGCAAAUGUUGGCGGUGAAAUUCCAAGGGAAUCUCAUAGUGAAUCUCCUUGGAGUUUGGUCGGACGUCAGUGGAGGCGGACCAGCGAGAUCGUAUCCGGUCGGUGGUUUGUGUUAUUAUCUCUCGCCGCCCGAAUCCGUUGGACACAUUCUUCAGGAUCCGGUUCACGCGAUGCUCUACAUUCUCUUUAUGCUCGGAUCUUGCGCCUUCUUCUCAAAGAGCUGGAUUGAAAUUUCUGGAAGUUCUGCUAAAGAUGUUGCCAAACAGUUGAAGGACUCGCAGAUGGUGAUGCAGGGACACCGGGAAAAGUCUCUGAUCCACGAACUGAACCGAUACAUCCCGACGGCCGCAGCUUUCGGAGGACUUUGCAUAGGAGCGCUCUCGGUUCUCGCCGAUUUUCUCGGCGCCAUUGGUUCCGGGACCGGAAUUCUCCUCGCUGUGACAAUUAUCUACCAGUACUUUGAGAUCUUUGUCAAGGAACAGAGUGAAAUGGGCGGCAUGAGCACACUGCUCUUCUGAGCUCAAAUUUUUCACAUAGACUUGAAAAGUGAAUUUUUCAACUCCCAGAACUGAUGAAAUUAAUAAUUUAUUAUUAUUAUUGUUAUUGUGAAUUAAGGAUCAAGAACGAUGACGUUGUCAGUCUCGUUUUCCACCUUAAAGCCAGGAACCGAGGUUCUUUAUUCUUGGAGUGUAGAAUUUAAUUUAUUUUUUGGCACGUCACAUAUCGCUAUGUGACUUCUCGGCUUGACGAGUCUAGCAAAUUUGUCAAAUGUGCCAAAAAUUGUUUUUUUUUUUUUUUUCUUUUUUUUUUUACAUAUCUUGAAAAAUUGUUCUUUUUCUGAUACACAAUUGAUGAAUAUUCAACAGAGAAACCGAGAGGAGGUGAGAACGCCGAGAAAAAUGUACAAAGGAGGGCGAUUUGGGUGGAAGGGAGGGAGGAAAGUGGACCUCGAUAUUCCUAGAUAAUUUUUAAGGCGCUCGACAACACUACUUUCGAGCUAUGUUAAUAAGAAAGUCUCAUCACUUUCUUCUUUUUCUUCUUCUUCUUUAUAUAGGUACCAUCAUUCCUGUAUUAUUAUUAAUGUUAUUAUUAACGAUAAUUGGGCUCCUCCUCGAGUUGUGUGGCCAGUGAAAGGUUUAGAUUUUAAUUUUAAUGAUAAUGAAACGAAAGAACCGACCGGACGACUCGAGCAGAGAUUAGUUUUUUCAACGAAAAUUCCGACAGUUUAAGAUUAAAUACAUCAUACAUUAAGAUCGAUCUCUUGUAUCUCCAGGAGAAACAGCUUUUAUAAAAAGUUCAAACUAC